AUGGCUUCCCUCGCCCACCCGCAGAAGCCAUACCCGCCCCCCGACCAGCCUGGCUACUGGCAGCCUCACAGCGCGACUCUCCAAUGGUGUGAAGAGGACUACUACGCCUCGUACUAUGUGGCAGAAAUAAUCAACACCUUCACCAAUCUCAUGUUCAUCUAUCUCUCCUACAAAGGCGUUCGCAGCUGCUGGAAGCACGGCCACGACAAUGUUUUCACCGUCGCCUACUUUGGCUACUUUCUCGUGGGUUUCGGCAGCCUCAUGUUCCACGCCACGCUGCAGUACCCGUGGCAACUCGUCGACGAGCUCAACAUGAUCUACACCACCUGCCUCAUGGCCUAUGCGUCCCUGUCAUACUCAAGGCCCGUUGGCAUGCAGAUACUGCUUGGAAUCUUCCUGACCGCGCUCUGCCUCGGAAUUACACUGUACUACCACCACAUCCAGGACCCAACCUUCCACCAGAACGUCUACGCCGCCAUGACCGUCUUCAUCGUUUUCCGCUCCGUGUACAGCAUGGAGUCAACUUUGCGCCCUCACUUCCGCCGCAGCACCGAACAGCACCGCCGCGAGAUCCAGGGCCGCAAGCUGCCCGUGCCAACGAAAGCGGAUAACGAUGCCUUCAACACCCGCGACACGCUGAUCCUCAAGAACAUGUGGAUCCUCGUUGCCUACGGCGUCAGCAUCUUCCUUUCCGGUUUCGCCAUUUGGGGCAUAGAUAACGUCUACUGCGGCACCCUCCGCCGCUGGCGGCGCGAGCUCGGCAUGCCGUGGGGCUUCUUCCUCGAGGGGCACGGCUGGUGGCAUCUGAUGACCGGUAUCGGCGCUUACUGCUAUAUUGUCUGGGGCAUCCAUUUGCGACACGUCCUGAACGGCGAUCAGCACAGGUUCCAAAUGGUGUGGCCGAAUUGGUACACCCUGCCGGAGAUCGUCAAGGUCGACGGGGUGGGGCAAGAGAAGGAAAUCGAGUUGCAGGUCAACGGCACGCCGGUCAAUGGGCAUAGCAAGAAGACGAAAUAG